CCCUGGACCUGAGAUGGCAUGAGCACUGGACAGGAAAAUUGCUGCUUAUGAUGAAGAAAUCCAGCAUCUCUACGAGGAGAUGGAACAGCAAAUCAAGCAUGAGAAGGAGCAGUUUCUCCUAAAAGACACGGAGAGGUUUCAGGCCCACAGCCAGGAGCUGGAGCAGAAACUGUUGUCGAAGAACCAGGAGCUGGAGCAGCUCAUCCAGAAGCAGAAGCGGCUGGAAGGCCAGUGCGCCAUGCUACAAAAUGAUGAGCAUGAAACCAAGGCUGAGAACACCAAGCUGAAAGUCACAAACCAGGAGCUGGCCCAGGAGCUGGCGCGGACCUCCCGGGAGCUGCAGGAUGCCCAGCAGCAGCUGGAAAGCCUCCAGCAAGAGGCCCACCAACUCCACCAGGACAAGGAGAUGGAAGUGUACCGCGUGACGGAGAGUCUGCAGCGCGAGAAGUCGGGGCUCCUGAAGCAGUUGGAUUUCCUGAGGGAAAGGAACAAGCAUCUUCAGGAUGAACGGGACAUACGUUAUCAGAAAGAUAAGGCAGCCAAGGCAAACACAGCUGCUUCCAAGGCGAACUGGAAACAGAGAUCUGGCUCUGUGAUAGGCAAAUACUUGGACAGCAGAGGGAUUCUUAGGAGGGUAAUUGAAGUGUGGGAUGGCGUCUCCAAUAGUUGA